AUGCGGCUGCCUGCCCUUCGAUCGCGCCUUGCUCUUCCUCCCCGGCAGCCCCGUGCUGCUCAUCCGGCCCAAGAUGUCGAUGUCUUUGCGAACAACCUCCGGAAAACCCUAGACGCCCACCGAACCUCGAAUCGAGCUCGUCUCGUCCGCAGAGUAUACCCCCGUGCACCGCCCGCAGGGUUUUGGCGGCUGGAAAUUCCUCCAGAAAGUCGCGCCGGCUACCAGCCACCAACGCCACCCGUGUUGGCGCCCAAGGAUCUUGAGCCCAAAGAGGCUGUGAGCAGAAGACGUCGACGAACGCGCAACGGAGCACCGGAAGCUCAUUCAGAGGCCAAUUGCACCGAGUAUCCUUCAAUCCGGGAUUCUGGGUCUUCACACAAUGGCCAAACUGAAUAUUACCCAUGGUUGGGCUAUCUAGCACCAUCAGCUGUUCCUGGCGAUGCCGCUGCAUAUCUCGAUGCGGAGAUCCAUGCAUUGGAGCAGUACCUAGCUCCAACCUGCCAGGAGCAAAAUCGGAUAAACCAAUUGAAUGCCCAAAUUGCUUCUUUGUUGGGACCAGUCGUCCCUCACACACCGCAACUUAUUGGCUCGCGCCAAAUUGGCUUAGCUCUGACACAUUCGGACCUUGAUUUCUUUUUGCGUUUCGACGAUCUCCCGCGGGCUUCAGACCGACUUCGAAGGCCAAGUGCAACGCGCCCUCAGAUUCAAGAUGCGCACCUGCGUCUUCUCCACCGAGUGAAAUCCACAUUACAAUAUGGUCCUUUAUCUUGUGACCGGAUCAGACUUACUGGGAAACGCCAGCCUGUGCUCGAGGCUCGUCACCAACCAACGGGAUUGCUGUUACGGUUUCACUGCGGUGAAAGCACCCCAGCUAUCAUGGAGUACUUGAGAAAUUGCUUGGCCGAGUAUCCAUCUCUUCGUCCCUUGUACGUGGUAACACGAACUUUACUUGAAGCCCGCAGCCUCUUUGGCUCUGCGCAAUCGAGCAUCAGACCCGAUGCACUGGCUAUGCUUCUUGUAGCGUUUUUCAAGUUGAGCCAUGGUCGAUCCUCGAGACCUCGCAGUCUGAGCGAGCAGUUGCUGGCUUUUCUGCAUUUCUAUGGCACAACUAUUGAUCUUCAAUCGAUUGGAAUUGCAAUUGAGCCGCCGGGCUUUUUUGGUGCCGAGAAAGCGCAAAACACUGUCAUCGAAGAUAUCGGAUCUGCUUGCCGACGGGGCCGGCGAUCUCUCAUUAACGCUAAAAGGACCGCUGUUUCCAGAGGCAAUAUGGCCGCUGGUCAAAGAUUGUGCAUUCAAGAUCCAACCCAUUAUAUGAAUGACCUGGGACGUUCAUGUACACGGACGGCCGAAUUGCAAAUUGCCUUAGCCACUGCUCAUCAAAAGCUUCGUCAUACUUUGGAUAACUGGCAAGGCACAUAUAAAACCGAUUCCAUCCUUGCCUGUGCAUUGCAGGCGGAUUUCAAUGAACUUGAGAAGCUGCGCGAGCAGAUCACGUCAAGCAACCUGAUGCCUUAA